AUUGGCAGCAAUGUAUGUUGUCUGAUGUGUUUGAAAGUGAAAACAAAAAUAAAUACAUUGGAUUCAAAUGUUUAUAAUAGCCUGUUUAUGUUUUACUCAUUAAUGCUUUUAUAAUCUAAUGUUAUUAAUACAUAGUUUUUACUAAUAAAUACACCUAAACUGUUACCCUACUAAAAUUAUAAUUAAUUACUUGUUUUUUUGCAACGUUUUGAUAUCUUAGGUCAUACAUUAUGUGUGGAAGAAUAUCAUGUCACAUGUGUCGCCCUGAUUACCGCAAAGCAGCAAGUUACUUUGAUGAGUCACGUGGACUGUAUGUACAACCAGACUGGAUUGAUGCGCCCAACAAUGGGUUGUCAUAUUCUCCUUCCACAAAUAUGGCUCCAACAGAUGUUUUGCCAGUAUUGAUAUCCAAAGAGCAUGAACAGACAGACAAUGAAUUAUCUCAACGCAUUAUUAAACCUAUGAUGUGGGGUAUGAUUCCUACAUGGCACAAGGGUGAUUAUAAAUCACAUGGACUGACAACCAAUAACUGUCGCAUUGAAAGUUUGAUGGAGUCACGGCUUUAUGGCAAACCUCUGAGGAAUGGUCAGCGAUGUGUCAUCGGAUGCCAAGGUUUCUAUGAGUGGCAGACUACUAAAGGGAAAGGACAACGAAAACAGCCCUACUUCAUCAAAGCGUCACAGAAGUGUGAAGCUGGUCCAGUAGAGGAGUUGGAUAGCUGGGAGAAAGCAAUGUGGGAUGAGGCUGCUGGAUGGUCAGGACCUCAACUGCUUAUGAUGGCUGGACUGUUUGAUGUUUGGACUUCCCCAGAGGGAGAACAGAUGUUCAGUUUUACAAUCAUCACGAUGGAAUCCAACUCCUCUUUCUCCUGGCUACACCACCGCAUCCCAGCUGUGUUGGACAGUGACGAGAUGGUAGCUAAGUGGCUUGACCACAAACAGGUCUCAGCAGUUGCAGCGGUGAGACUCCUACAUCCUGUCACAUCCCUGACCUGGCACCCAGUAUCCAUGCUAGUUAACAACUCUCGUAACAAGGACAACAAUUGCAAUAAACCCAUUGAUCUACAGAAACCCAAACCUGUCAAUAAAAUCAUGGACUCAUGGUUGAAAAGAGGAGCUCUGCCAAGUGCUAAUGCAACAUCUCCAAAGAAGGCCAAGGAGAAUUAGAAGCUGGGUUAAAGACAUGUACUAUGGAAUAAGUCUGUGAUAAACAAAGUACCUUAGUGAAUAAACUUAAUAACAUUUUCUUUUCCUUGUUAUUAUAAUAAUUAAAUAAUACAGUCAUAAAUAAGCUUAGAAAUUGGUUAGAUUAGGUUCCUUCUAUAUCCUUGUUGUGUCAUCGCCAAGCAAAAUAAAGCAUAAGAUUGAGAAAAUAUUUAUUUAUUGACAUUUUACAUUGUACAAUAUCAGAAUUAUUUUUUAUUUUACUAAAAUGGUGAUAGACAAACAACUUCACUGUGAGUAUUGUCAAUUAUGAAACUAUUGCAGUUUUCUAAAUUAGUUGUAUGUUAUUUGUUAAAUAUAAAAUAAAUUCACUAAUCAAAGAAUAAUUCAUGAAGUAAGUACAAAAAAUGAUAAAUAACAUGGUGUAUAAUACUGUGCAUUUAUGUUGUGUCUAAUUGUUUAAUGUUAUAUACUAUUAUUAAAUGUUUUAUGUUAUGAGUGGUUUUAUGUAAUAAUCCACUUGUUACAUUGACAUUGUUCAGUAGAACAACUUUGCCACCAAAAUGUAGGGGUGGACAGUACUAUACAAAUAAUAAAACUUGUUGAUAAGUUUAAUAGAGUCAGAAGUUAUAAAUAUGAUAGCCAUAAGUGACAUUGCAUCAAGUUGUAUGGACAUGACAGCUACCAUGGUAAUUCACAUUAAACAUCAAUUGACAAUUAAUUUAAAUCACUAAGUUUGACAAUGUUCAUUUAAUUUAAGUGACAUACUUAUUUUUACAUAGGAUAUUAUAAAUAAAGGUUCUGUUAUGUUAUUCAGUGCAUUCAUAAAAUGUAUUAAAAAUAAGUUACAAUAAUAGUAAUUAGCUUUACUGUAAAUCCCUUAACUUCUGAAUGACAAAUCAUAUUAAUAAAUAAGUUUAAGUUAUUUAAGUCUUGUGUGUAUUUUUUAUAAACUUGAUGUAAAGUGACAUAGCCACAAUAAAGUUUGACUUAAA